CUAGCUUCCUUUGUUUUCAAGGCCAGGCCGCCCUUGAAACCAAUGUAGUACAAUAUUAAUAGGUAGAGCAGCCCCUUGUGCAGCCCCAGAUUCCAGGAAUGGCUGCUGACGCGCGUCUUCUAUACGAAAUAUUUGAGCACACAGAGCUUGCUCAAGACGGUGGUGAGGAGUCACAAACUAUAUGGUGGCCCAUCCAAUCAUCAUCGGGGACAGCGGUUGCGCUUGUCCGUGAUGCAACCGCAUCCAUCUUUACUGAGGAGGACAACUUUGAGAGAUCGCAGGGCAGCUUCCAAGCUUCUUCUGCACUCGGCCCAGCUCGCGGAGCCCCCGUCAUUCGAGCCACUCACGCAUCGUGGACCCCGGCCGGCGUCGAGCCUGAGCGUCUGGCAGUGGCUUUCUCAUCGGGGUUUGUCCACAUACUCAACCGGGGGGGCAAGGAAGAGGCAGAACUCACGCGGCCGGAAUGGGUCAAAGCGGGGGGGCUUGCUGGCGCUGUAUUGCGGGGGGGACAGGAUGGGGCUAGGGGGACGGCCCCUGCCAAAGCAAAAGGGCCUGAGCUUCUGGCGCUUGGCAAGGAGGCCAUCCUCUGGCGGACACCGUUCGAGGCAGCGUCUCCAGCCACUGGACAGCUGUCUUCUCUCACUUCCGAGUACUACCGGCCUCAAAUCGACAUGCGCGAACAGCACCCAAAAGGGGCAUUCUGCCUCGCCUACUGUGCGAGCCAGUCAACGGCGACAGUGCUGGGGCCAGGAUGCUUCACCGACGCCUCUGGACAGAGUGUGCCCUUCUCAGUGUCCGUUUGGCACCUCACCUCCUCUGCGCCCUUCCACCGUCUCCUCUUCUCUGCCGGCGCCGUCAAACCCUCCCGCUUCGAAACCCUGCGCCGGCCCGCCUGGGCGCAAAUUCCUGCCCUCCCGAAGGCGCUCUGCUCGCCUGACGGGUGCCAAGUGUCAACCCUGGAUUCGUCGAAGUCUCUGCGCGUCUUGAAUUUGGGUCCGGAGGGCAAAGGGCCCGUUUCUCUGGUUCAGAUUGGCGCGGGAACCGAUGACGACGACGGAACGGCCCUUGCCAGACGGCAAGCAGCGGGGGAGUCUGCAUCGCCUCUGCAACUAGGAGCGGGGGAAAACUCGCAGUCGGGGGGCUCGGAAGCGAGUGCGAACGUCCAUGAUGUGGCGUGGUGGUCGGACGAUGCUUUGCUCCUGUCGCGGGCAGACGGCGCGGUCACAGUGGGCAAGCCUCCGGGCCUUGUAAACAUGCUGGGCGAGUCUGCCGAGAAGUUUGGAGCCAGUCCGCGGGUGACUGGCGUUGUCAAAAAGAGGGCCUUUGUACUGGACGGGAUCGAGGAGAUAGAGGAGGAGAGAGAGAAACGUGAUGAGGGUGUGCAGCAAGGAGCCACGACGACUGCGCCGGCCGGCAUUCUCGGCCGCCUCUCCGGCUGGUUCCGACGAACAGACGCCCUCGCCCCGCCCAUCCGUACGUGGCGGCUGACGUCACUCGUGGAGCGCUCGCCCCUGGAGAUGAUGUCAGUGCACAUCCGGCACGAAGAGUAUGGCGCGGCGCUUUCCCUCGCAAAGCUUUACAGCCUGGACACGGAUCUCGCGUACAAGGCGCGCUGGGAGCGGUCCGACUUCGGUCCCGCGAGCAUCGGAGACAACCUCGGGAAGAUACGCGACCGGCGGUGGGUUAUCGGGGAGUGUUUGCGACGGGUUCCGAAAACCGCGGAAGCGAUGCGGGCGUUACUGCAGUACGGGCUGCAGGAGACUGGCAAAUGGCGGUAUCCGGAAAAGGGGGACGGGUGGGAGGUGGAGGAAGAAGCUCUAGAGGUUCCGGAGGUGGCCGAGGCUGCGGGGGCACAGUCAAGCGGGGACGGGGAAGCCUGGUGGUUCCGAGAACGGCGGCUGCAGCUGCUGCGGAGCAGCGACCUUCUGGCGACGUUUCUGGUGAUCCACAACAACCGCUUCUCGGCCGACAAGUUUGCAGCGUUCCAGGCGGGAAGCUUAAAGGAUCUGGCGGUCCAGUUUGCGCAGGCUUGCAGCGCAGGGCCUCUAGAGGUCCUGCUCAAGCGGCAUACCCACAGCCUGGCUGAGGAUUGGCUAGAGGUUCUGGACGCCAUGCCCGAGACUGUGGUUCCCUAUAGCAUCCGGAGCCUGUUGCCUGGGCCGAGACCGCUGCUUGCGUCAACUUCCCGACGGCCCGACUGGAUCGAAUCCGAGGAAACCUUAGCGGCCAUCAAAAGCGGCUCGCUACCCGCUGCUGCAGCGGAAAGCACGGAGGAGCUGGCGAAGUUGAGCAAAGGCCUUGUUUGGCCUUCGGGCGACGAGCUCUCUGAGUGGUACAAGGCUCGCGCGGUGGCGAUCGACUCGAAAAGUGGCCUUUUGGAACACAGCUUGUAUCUGCUCACUCUGGGCACCGAUCUGGGCGUCCGAGGGCUCGAGCGGCUGUCCGAAGACGUACAAGACUUGUACGAAGUCGUUUACAGCGGGAAGGCGUCUGAAGAAGCGUCGGGAGCGGUCGAUCUGAGCCUCGUAGAGUGGUUGGGAAUGGACGGGUUCGAACGUUACUGCAACGUUAUGAGCGGGGCGACUAAGGAAGACGUGGUGAUACAUUUAGAGGGCCCGGCGGACCGGGUGGCCCGGCGCUGGGCUGAACGGCAGGAGGAAACGCCUAAAAGUUCUGGCGGGCCGGAAGAAGCUGGCGAGAGUACCGCGAGUCCGGAGACAGGGGGCGACGCAACUAGUAUGAGCCCAAGCGAGUCGUUCCCCCGUAGGUGGCUGCUGCAGCAGGCCGAGAAAGGGGCGCUGGGGCUUGUUUCCACCGCGCUCCCUGGCUCCGGUGUGAAUAAGCGCCUGCUGAGCCACGAGCAGGUGUUGGAAACCGCGCUGGAGUGCGUUUACACUUGCCAGGCGACAGACGCCUGGGACGAGAUGGCGGCGCUGCUGGGUGACCUGAUGAGGCCCAAGUCGUUGACACCGAGCGGCAGCCCCAGGGCUCAGGGCGUCAGCGGGAAGGGAGAUGGUGUCAAGCAAGGCCCGCAAGCCAUGAUCGGGGGCAGCCCCCCGCAACCCGCCCCGAGCAUCGCCGCUUUGGCGCUCGGUCCUGCGGGCAGCAAGCGCGCAAGAGUCGCCGGGUUCCUUCAAAGCGCGGCAGAACGCGCGGCGGGGCAACGAGGCGUUGCGGGGUUUUUCUCGCGGCUGCCAAAGAAGAUCGGCCCUGGAAAGGGGGAGGAAGGCGGGAUGGCUGAGAUACUCGCGAAUCUUCCAAGGACGGGGGGGGAGACAGCGGGUGCAAACGCCCCCCCUGCCGAGUUCGAGAACGCGCUCGAGAGUUUUGAGGGGGAGGAAGGGGCGGCGUUGGAGGAGGACGCGGGGCACAAGGAGCUGGGUGAUGACGUGGCAGCGGGUGCUGACGUGGCGGCGCGUGAGCGGCUGGAAGGGUUGGAGAAACGGGUUUUGCGGGCGGAGCGGCAUGUGAGAGCGGGGCGCAUUCUGGCGAAGCAACAGAUGGCGCGCCCCCUCGCAUUCUUCCUCACCUGCGACGCCGACCCCUCCGGUGUGAAGCAGCUCAUCCGACGGCUCCUGGCCUGGGCCUCCCGAUCCAACGGCCCGGAUGCACAAUGGGACGCCCUCUGGAACGAUCUCACCGCUCUCCAAUCGGACGCCUUCACCUUUUUGGACACCCAGUACCUGCUGUCCGAAUUCGUACGGGCGCUUCUGCGGGCGGGGAGGCUUUCGCUCGCCCGGGGGUACGUUUCCGGGGGCAAAAAGCGGCCCCCGCUGCUGGCGGACAAGGCGGAGACGCUGGUCCUGGGGGCCGCGCGGGAGUACUUCUACUCGGCGGCGGCGCUUGACAGUAUCGACAUCCGGCAUGCGCGCGAGUGCCUGGACCUGCUACCUGGCAAUGCGGCCGCGGCCGCUGACCGCGAUCUUAUGGAGGCCCUCACGGUUCAUCUGCCCAAGCUGGGUGUCGAGCUCCUCCCGCUACAGUACAAACAGCUCAAGGACAAGGAAGAGGCGCUGCAAAUGGCUCUUGCUGCGCACGACAAGGCAUACUUGAAGUUGCCCGACCUGCUACACGUGUCAACUUUACUCGGCCUCUCCACUUCCACCGAGCAAAGCCGCAUCAAGUCCCUUGCCGCGGACGCAGCUUUCGCGUCCGGUGACGUCCGAUUUGCUCUCACGGUCUGCCUCGAGCUGGUCGACGAGAAUUACCACCCCGCCUGGGCGCUUGCGGCAGCAAUGGGAAACUGGGCGGGCGGAACCUCUUCCGAGAAUCUCGGACAGGGCGUCGGCCCAGCUGACCGGAAGAAGCUCUUGGGGUUCGCGAUUGCGAACGUGGAAGACGGGGGGAUGGAUGAGCUGUUGAGGGUCUGGGAGGGCGUGGAUCUGGCGCUACGGUGCGAGGAGGUCUUGAGACGGGGUAUAGGGGCGGGAUUGGAGACGGGUUUGCAGGAGGGUUAUUUGAGGGUUUUGCUCAGAGCGCCAGGCGCGGCGGCAGAUGUGAAGCCGGAAGACCGAAGCGGGAUGGAGAUUCUGAGAAAGGUCGCGAGAGUGAGCGACUCAGCCGGAAUUUCGUCCAUUGCAGUCGCGUUCGCUCGCGUGUACUUGCCGGGUUUGGCAAAGGUGUGCCUUUUCGACAAGGCUAGCAGGCUUGGCGAGGUGUCCUUUGGCGAACUAGAGCGAGGGCAUUCUGCGGGGAUGCUUAUCCGCACCGCUUUGAGCCAGUCUGGUCUCGCAGCGAGUGACGAGCUGUUGGCACAGUUAGCGGGUAUCGCGUGGGCCCUCGGAACAGACCGGGCUUCGGAAGGAGGGGCGGAAACUUCGGAUGCUCCGGCAAGCGCUCAUUCAAGACACCAGUAUGAAAGCGUCGCUCUUAGCUGUUUGCUAGCGAUGGGGCCAGACGAGGGAGCCUCGUUCGUGGAGAAAGUGGUACAACACGCGCAGGCGUUUGCCGAGGUGGAACGAGCGACUCGGCUGGCGGUUCACUUUUACGGGAUCCAGGCGCUGACGCUAGCGGCAGACAAAGGGCCUCGUGAGAUCGAGAAUCUGCUGCACCUCAGCACGGAAGAGCUGCUGGCGAAGAUGCGCAAACAGCCGGACAGGGCCUCGGAGGAAAGCGCGGGGGGGAGCGAUGCGGAAUCAGGGUUAAGGAAAAAAGGUUUGGACUACGGAGCGAGACUGGCGGCACUCAAGGACGCCAAGGGUUUGGAGGGGGUUCUGCCGGGAGUUGACAUUGACCGCUUUGCUAGCGGCGACCAAGAACACCAACAGGAGCUCGUUAUGUCGCUCGUCACCGCUCCAGGGGGUCAGGAACGCAGGGGGAGUCAGCCCCCCGAAACGAGGACGUUUGAAGAGCAGAGCGCAGCGCUCCGGAAGGCUCUGGCGCUGGCGGAGCGGUAUGGGGUGGACACGUGGCGCGUCCUGAUUUGUCACGUGCAAACCUUGGUUCUGUCUAGUUGGCCGGAUACGGACGUAGCUUACGGCGUCCGGGAGAGUCAAGAGGGCUUAAGUGGAAGGGAGGUGGAGCUGAUGCAUGCGCUGACGUCAGACGUCUGGCCGGCAUUGGGCGGAACACGACACAACCGCUUAGCACUUGUGUUCUCUCUCAUGGACUCCAUUUGGCGUAAGCUCCCCCCCGACGCACAGACCGACUUCGCCAAGAGCUGGAGUCCCCCGGGGUCAGCGCUCUCCUUCCCAGACUUCUUUCCCGCUCUCCGGUGCGCCAACCUCAUCCUCAUGCCGUCAGCACCCGAAGCAGACUUCAAGGCACUGUUAGAGCCGUUUCGCAACGGGUCUCUGAGCGGAAUUUUGGGUCUGGUGCAAAGCCACGUGACGCUACUUAAUGCGGAGGCCAUGGUGGGGACCGUCCAAGAACUAGAGAGGGCGUUCUCGGCGCGGAGCGAUGCGACCCCGGGCCGCAUUCACCUUGCUGCGGUGCGGAGGCGGUUUGCUGACGUCAUUACCGAGGCUGACAACGUCAGCAAAGAGGGAUCUGUGGCGGUCCCGGGAGCGGCCAGGAGCGGAAGCGGAAAUGGAAGCGAAAAGGAAGUGCCUGGGAUUCAAGAACUGGCGAGCGCUUACGACGACAGCAAAGGUGCGAUCGGAAACUUGGGGCCGGAGGACCUGGAGGGACUGUUUUCGGACGUCCUGCGGUGGGCGUACGAAGCUGGGGGUCCGUCCGAACCCGGAGAAGCGCUCAGGCUUCGGACGCGGCUCUACGAGGAUGCGAGCGCGCUGUUCAAAGCCGCAGCAUUUGAGAACCCGCGGGCAAACAAACGGCUUGAGGAACUAGCGGCAGAUUUUGCGGAGGCUGGCGCUGUUUUGAAGGCGGUGAAAGAAGUGAAAGAGAGCGGUGACGUCAGCGACAGCCAGGCUGCCGCUGCCGAGCGUUCCGUUCCGUCCUGGCCGGAAAGUGGUACUCGGAGCGGAGCUGAAAGUGAGGCAUCCCCAGGGGGGGUCCGAUACAGUGCUUUGAAGGCGCUCGUUCUGGUCGGGGUUCCUUACCGGCCUGUCAAAAAGAUGUGGACGGAACUUCACGGGCAGGAAGCAAAAGGAGAAAGUGAAGAAGGGCGGAGUGAGAGUGAGGGGGGGGGAAGUCCGGAAGAGGCGCAUACCGGUGGGUUAACGGGUCAAAGGAACGGCGGGUUAGUGGCCGUUUACCGGUCAGCGCUCGAGGAAGCACUGAGUCGCGGAAAUGGGUCAGUGCAGGCGGGUUCACAAGACGGUUUGGAGUUGGUCUUGGCGGGAUUAGCUGACGAAGAAAGCAGCGAAGACGGGGGUGAACUCGACAGCGUUCGACGGGAGGUUUGGACGCGGAUUAAGGCGUUUAUGGACGAUCCGGCCGUUCCCCUGCGGAGGAAGAUCCGGACGCUCGAGCUGCUGAACUCGUUGGAAGACAAACCGGGGCAGGGGGGCAAUCCCCGGGUUUGGAAAGGCUGGCGACUGCCCCCCGGGAGCGAAGAAACUAAGCAGGGGGGGGGAGUUCCGGGCUCGAAUGCCGAGGGGCCUCAUCCCCCCAGAACGUCACUGCUGCUACUCAAGACCGCCGAGAUUGUGCAGGGGGAGUGGCCGGACCGCGAGGUGGAUGACGUCAGCACGGUUCCGGCGUGCGAGGCGCUGUUCCGGACGCUGGUCGCUGACGUCGGUGGGUCGUCGGCUGACAUCAGCACAGAGUCGGGUGACGUCAGGGAAGAGUCAGCGUCAGGAGCAGGGGUGUUUGAGGCGCGGGUGGGGGCGUUGUUUGGGCUGCUGAGGCUGUGGGAGGCGAACUCGGCGGCGUUUGGUUCCGAAACGGGGGGGGGCGUUGAGCAGGGAAAAGAGGGGGGUGGCGCAGGAACAGGUGCAAUUCAAGAAGGAGCAGAAACAUCGGAAGGGUCGGAGGGAGCGAAGUCUGCCGAGGAGGAAGACGGAAAGGCGAUUGUACAAGACGGGUCUAGUUCUGUGAAAACGGAAGAGAAAGGGGAACGCAGCAGGGACGAAGAAAAGCCAACGGUUCUGGAGUCCGAGGGAGAGCGAGACGCGGAAAAGAAGGGAAGCGAUCUUGUUGGACGGGCGGAGGCAGCGGCAGAACAAGAGAGUGAAGAAGAAGGGACGAAGAUUAGUCGAUUCCACGGGUCGGCCAAGCUGCUCCUCUCCGUGUUGCUGACGUCACGCACCCCGCGGGCUGCCCUCGUCGUGCUUGACCGCUGGACCGGCGAUGACGUCAUCAGCCCCACGGAGGCCCUGGAGCUGACACGUGAAGCCGAGGAGACGAUUGGGAGCGUGGCCGCAGCGAAAGUGGCUCUGAUGUCACCUCUGGCGGACAAGACGGAGAGGGCGGUGUCUUUGCUGACGUCAUGGACGGGUACGAAAAGCGGGGGAGAGCGCAAGGAGUCUGCGAGCUACAUCCAAAGGGAAAGCGCGGGGGUGGGGAAAGGAGCGAAGGAGUCGGAAAGUCGCGGCGAGUCCGGACAGGUGUCUGAGAUUGAACCGUGCCCACACGUGUCGGAUUUCGUGGCCGCAGCGAGAAGAGAGUUCGACAAGGUGGAUGCGGAUCUUCUGGGGCUCGUUCUAGCGCACGAGCUACUGCCCAAAAUCGCCCACGAGGGGGGGACGCACCUGCUACGUGCGCUGUGCCUCGCGGUCACCCCCCUGGCGCGAGACCAGCAGCAGCUGCUCCUCUCGAACGGUCCCCAAAGCCCCGGCGUAAACCCUCUCGCGGCGGUCGCCUUUUCGUGUCUCGUUGCGGAGCUAGCCGCGUGUCAGAUGUACGGCUUCGCGGGGGCGCUCGUUUUGCAGUACCUCCGCGUGCCGCCCGCUCUUGCCACGUGGGACGGCGCGCCGGAGGCCUUGUUGAGGUACCUGCGGUACUUGAAGAGGAAGCUGCCCCAGCACGUGCGGAUUGCGCGUGGGCUCAACAGGGCCCUUUCCGCGGCGGAGGGGGAAGGUUUGCUUGGUGGUGCGUAUCUAGUUGGCCCGGUCGAAGAGAUUGCGAAACGGGUAGUGCGGUUGUCGAGCAAGGCACUGAAUGCGCUUGUGCAGGAUUUGAAGUAGCUUUUGAAAAGAAGCCUCUGCGAAUAAUAUAUUGCGAAUUAUAUACAGCAGAACGCGGAGUUGAUUACUUGGCCACACUGUCAAAAACACUUCCAAGUUUCCCCACGUUGCACCAACGGCAGAUUGGCGG